UCAACCAGAACGGAACGGUUUCUUGAAAGCUCUUCUCGUCGGCUUACCGGAUUUUCCUCUCUUUUAGAUCCAUUAGUGCAGAUCCAGCUAGGUUGUUGCUAGUAGUGGUUGUUUCUUUAGUAGUUGCUGGGUCCCUUCUAGUGUCCCCCUACUUCUGGUAGUCCCUUCAACCGCAACUGGUAUUGUUUUGUGGUUUGGGACAGUUCGGUCGUGUCCCUUCUUCAGAUUGUAGUGGACUCUUUAAACUGAUUGAUCCUUGAUGGAGGGAACAUCCUAGUGAAUCCUGGCGAAGUGUUGUGCUUUUGAAACUCGUAACGACGAGAUCCUGCCUUUAUUUUGAAGAGGUGGGAUUGUUAACUUAGUUUGGGGGAUGUGUGAAUUCGUUGCCGCGACUUAGAUUGCUCUAGUCGUGAUCAGCCGAUUCAGGGUGUUUUCGGGCUGGCGGGCUCACGUAUGUGCGAAGUGAUUUGUCUGUGCAGAAAGUGAAAAGUUUUACGACUGACCAUUCACGUAUAGAGUAUAGCGUUGAAUUUAGUGUAGUGCACACACACUGGAGGGAGUACACAGAAAACUGGUUUUCUCCACGGGGUACUUGCUCGGAGUUGAGAGUUGAACCUCGAGAACUUUUCGAGGUCUGUACCGGUUGAUCGGUCAGUGGUCAGUAGAUCAGCAAUGCGCUGGCUGGUGUGUUUGAGGUGUUUUAACAAGACUGUAAAAGUUUAAUAUGGAUCAAAUUAAAGUUCAUUAAAAAUUAACAGCCUGAGGUCUGUGGUUACACGAAAAAGCUGCCCUGUGCUGACUGAAACGCGACUUUAGUUCACAUGUGGCAGCCUGUGACGGGUGUAGUUCAUGAUCAAGUCCACCAGGUAUAGGAGCCGAUCGCCGAGAGCCUUACACGUUUUCGAUCCCAGCCAUCAGACGCUGGCGACGGACGUAGGAACUUUUUAAGAGUUGACGCGUCGUGAUAUCGGCAUCAAUCGGCGGCGAAGUCGCGCAAGGAAAUUCAUCAACGUUGUGCGCUUGGCCAGUCAAAGUGAAUUUGGUACCUCCAUGGGCGCACAAUAUUAUGCAAUCUCUGCCGGCCUCCUGUCUACCGUUCUCUUUCGAUCUCUCCGUGGCCAAGUAAUGCCGCCGUUUUUUUCUCCUUUCGUGUGCAGAAAUCCGCGCGCGCUUAGGCCAGAGCAAGUUUCAUUCAUUCAUGAUGUGUGUUAGCAAUUACUGUUACUGUUGUUGUUGUUGUUGUUGUCGCCAUCGUCAGUAAGAAGAGAAAACAAACUUUUCGCGUCUGGAGUGGAGUUCGGCUAAUUUGGCUCGACUCAGGCUUAUGCUACGUGAGCUGGGAGGCGAGUGCUCCAAUAAGAGGAGGUACCGAGCGUUGAUGUUGUGAAUAAUUUGUGAAUUUAUUAACGACAAGCAUAAGCGGUCCAGCGAGCGACUAAGUGAAAGCGAAAAUAAAGAAUGGCAAAAUAGUUAUUCAUAUCUACAUACAAGGAGGGGUUGCAAAAAAUGCUCCAGUAAAAAAAAUGUCACUGCAAAUGAAGCAUAAAAUUGUGCAGGAAGAGUGUUUUAUCACCUUGUCUGCAACAGCUCGGAAAUGAAAACGAGCACCGUGCAAGAGUAAUGUAAAAGUUCCAUGUGCAUUGGAGAUGAAAAUUACAACUGCUGCUAAAAGUGCCAUUUACUCACUUUUCUACCACCCAUGAAAACCGAAGCUGCCAUUCGAAGUGUUCCACUAAUCACCUGUUAAACAGUUUCCCAUUCAACGCGAAAAAAAUUACGCUCAUACGUGCUACCGUGCUCCAUAAUCCAAGAAAAAAAAAAAAAGAAUGUUUUACAAACCGUAACUUAAUUAAAACUCCAGAAAGUUACGGUCCCAGUGAAAAGGCAAGAUAAAUCACCAUUAGCAGGUGAAAUUAGUGAGUUAGUGCCAAACAGAUGGUGUUUUUUGGAUGUUGCGAGCUGCGAAAAAAGAAAUCCAAAACCAAAUCAAAUCCAAAAUAGAGAAGCCGCCGCUGCUCUGAUUCGGUUCCUCAAAUGUCUGGGUUUUCUAGCCAGUUGUUUUGGUUCUUUGAAGCUUAAGAUUCAGUCGGUGGGUUAAAUCGUCGUACAAAAUCGACUGGGUGUAGUGUGUGGUGAUGCACAAUUUCGUUAGAAUGCUUGGGGGUUAGGUCAAAAAAGUAAUGGGAAAAAACAAACUACCGAUGGAGCGUUAUAAUGAUGAUAAUAAUAACAACAAAACCAAGAAGCGGCAAACUCAGCAGAAGAAGCAAGCAGUCAAGUGUCUAAAACCUUUUGGGGUGUAAAAUUGAUGAGAAGCUGUCUUGUUUGCGGCGUUUGUUUGGGUGGCCAGUUUGGUUCCAGUGGGUUGGCGAUUCGUCUGACUUUGGAAAAAUAUGGACCCUGAAUGAUCCUGUAGUUGUUCCAUUAAGUGUAUCCAGCUUAUAACGGGUUAAAAAUAGUGUCUUGUGAUGACAUGCGUAUGCUUUGAAGGGCAAAGAAAGUUACUUAGGGAGUGUUCAACUUAAAAUUAUAAAUAACAAGAAUGAAAAUCAGAUACAGGCAUGAUUUGUUAUUGCUGCUUCCAGUGGACGGCGCUGGUGGUCAAGUUCAUGAUCGACGCUGUAAUCCGAACUUUAUAGUAUUCGUGUUUGGCAAGUGAUUUUCGGUUUUCGACUGCCACCUCUACAAAGUGAUUUUGCUUACCCCUGCUAGAAUCUUCAACUUGAAACCGUGUGAGAGAAAUUGAAUCAUACCAAAAUGGCAGUUCGUUUCACAAACCACCUGACGACGAAAGGUCACGUGGUUCUAGUACUCUUGGUGUUGUUACUCUUCCAAAGCUACAGUGCGAAGAUCGUUCAUGGACUGAGUCCGACCUUGCAGACGACCAGCCAGACGAAGAUGAUGCUGAAAGAAAGUCUGCUGAUACCCUCGAUUGAUCCGGAAAAGGAAGCCAAAGCCAUGUACGAGAAGGCUCUCCAACAGUAUGGAUUCGUGGGCAGAACGUUGAAGGAGAUCUGCAAACCUUGGCAGCUCAAGGGAUGUCAAUGUGCCGGUUCGUCCGAAGAGGUGGUGCUCAACUGUCGAGGGAUUGGCCUGGAAACGGUUCCAGUGGAUCUGCCUGCGGAACUUGUUAAACUUGACAUCAGCAACAACAACAUCUCUAGCUUACCAAAUAAGUCGUUCGAUAUGCUGCCGAACUUGGAAGAGCUAAUUCUCUCCAACAAUCGGAUAGAGCAAAUCGACAGCGAGGCGUUCUACGGGCUGACCAGUUUGAAAAAGUUAACCCUUCAAAACUGUGGCCUAGUUCGGAUACCGAGUGAUGCUUUGCGCAAAAUUCGCACCAUUUCGUCUCUACAGCUGGACAACAAUCUCAUCACCGGCGUUGAGAAUGUGACCUUUCGUGGGUUCAUCCAUCUGAAAAGUUUAAGACUGGAAGGCAAUCUGCUGCAACGGGUUCCGACGGAGGCGUUGAUCGGAUUGAGAUCACUAGAAGCUUUAAAUCUAGGAAGUAAUUUAUUGACUUACAUUAAGGCAGGCGAUUUUCCGCUUUUGGAGAAUCUACAUAUUUUAUUAGUUAAAAGAAAUCAAAUUAGUGAAAUCACAGCUGGUGCUUUAACCAAUUUAACUCGUUUAAAAAUUUUAGAAUUAGAUGAUAAUGUAUUAAGUUCAGUGCCUGUUGGAUUGGAAAAUCUUGGGAUGCUGCAAGAGCUGUCAGCAUCCGGCAACCGCAUCCAAUGGAUCUCGAAGGACGAUUUUCCCCGAAGUCUAGUCACGCUGGAGCUCAAAUCGAAUCCGCUGGUGGGCAUCAAGCCAGGUGCCCUGCAGAACAUGUCCCGACUUCGAAAGUUAAUUUUAUCCGAUGUUCGUGGACUCCAGGAACUACCUCCCCUCGAUGGAUGUUCUGCCCUCGAAGUGCUGCGGGUUGACAGAGCGAACCUAACCAAACUACCUGAUCAUAUGUGUAAAACUUCACCACGGUUAAGAAGUCUAGAUUUAAAACUAAACCGACUCAAGAGCAUUCCGAAUGUGACAAACUGUCGUGAUUUGCGAGUAUUAGAUAUAGCCGGCAAUAGUAUAAGUUCGCUCCAUGGAGCCCCAUUUGCUAGUCUUGGCCAGUUGCACGAUUUGCUGCUCUCCGGCAACGAAAUAGAAUCGAUUCCCCACGACGCCUUCAUUGGGCUUCCGCGAUUGCAAGUGCUUGAUUUGGAAUCGAAUCACAUAUACUUCAUCCACCCGGACGCCUUCAGGCCGCUGCUCAGGUUGGAAGAUCUAAACCUCGGGAAUAAUGUCUUUCCCCAGCUGCCCUCGGUUGGUCUCGGCCGGUUGCUGCAUCUGAAGACGUUCAACAAUCCCAACUUGCGGGAAUUUCCCCCGCCGGAAUCUUUUCCGCGGAUUCAGACGCUGGCCCUAGCUUAUGCCUAUCAUUGCUGUGCGUUCCUGCCGCUGAUGGCCAGUGCCCCGCGGAUCCAAAAGCAGCAUCCAAUCAAGGAAGAAGUUCUAUUUCCUACCGACAACGAGUUCGAUAUGAGCCUGUGGAACAACAGCUACAACGACAUCUGGCCGCAGCUUCAAAAUCUCAGCAAGAAGUUCGGAACUCAGAUCAACGAUCUGCUGCAUGUGUACGGUCCGGAGUAUUAUCCUGGAGGAAUGCCCACCUAUCCGGAGGAAUACUUCGAAGAGGAGGGAGGAGUUACUCAUCCGGUGCCAACAACAUCCCCGGGAGGAAUUCAAUGUCUGCCGGAACCCGGUCCAUUCAUGCCGUGCCAGGAUCUGUUUGACUGGUGGACACUUCGUUGUGGCGUUUGGGUUGUAUUUCUACUGGCGAUGCUCGGUAAUGGAACAGUCGUUUUCGUGCUGAUCUUUUCUCGGUCGAAGAUGGAUGUUCCUAGAUUUUUGGUAUGCAACCUUGCUGCUGCCGACUUUUUUAUGGGCAUCUAUUUGGGGUUUCUAGCAGUCGUAGACGCUUCGACCCUUGGUGAAUUCAGGAUGUAUGCGAUACCUUGGCAAAUGAGCGCAGGUUGCAAAUUGUCUGGGUUUCUGGCGGUGCUGUCAUCGGAACUGUCGGUGUAUACUCUAGCAGUGAUCACCCUGGAGCGGAAUUACGCUAUAACCCACGCAAUGCAUUUGAACAAAAGAUUAUCACUUAGGCAUGCAGGUUACAUCAUGACCAUCGGAUGGACAUUUGCUAUCACAAUGGCUAUCUUGCCAUUGUUCGGAGUUUCCGAUUAUCGAGUCUUCGCCGUGUGUCUGCCGUUCGAGAUCAACAACGGAUCGGGCAGCCUGUUCUACGUCGUUUUCCUAAUGUUCAUCAAUGGAGUUGCUUUUCUGAUCCUAAUGGGAUGCUACCUCAAGAUGUACUGUGCCAUAAGAGGUUCCCAAGCGUGGAACUCGAACGACUCGCGAAUAGCGAAACGGAUGGCCCUUCUAGUCUUUACCGAUUUUAUCUGCUGGUCACCCAUCGCAUUUUUCUCACUAACUGCCAUUUUUGGUCUCCAUCUCAUAUCUCUAGAACAAGCCAAAGUAUUUACCGUGUUCGUCCUUCCCCUGAAUUCCUGCUGUAAUCCCUUUCUUUACGCCAUCCUAACCAAACAGUUCAAGAAAGACUGCGUCCUCAUCUGUAAAGCAAUCGAGGAAUCUCGAGUAACUCGGGGCAUUGGCCGAUGUCGCCAUAGCUCGAACUUCAGCAACCGGCAAACGCCGGCCAACACCAAUUCUCUGAUGGAGCGAUCGUCCAGAGAACUUCCACCGCUACUGCCCGGACAAACGUGCAAUUGCACAGCCAAACUGAUGGAACAGGAAAAUCUCCGACGGCGAUUCGCACAACAGAGCACAUUUUCCAAAACUUGGCGCCGAUUGUUAUGCAAUCUUGGCCAGCGGGGCGAAGGUCAUCGAAAUGGCCGAGGAGGAGACCAGUACGCUUACCAGAUUGCUGAAAUCCAGCAGAAGCAGCACAAACGAACCGGAUCCGUAUCGUCGAGUGAAAAUUUCAGCUCGUCCAGGUCGGAUUCGUGGCGACAUGCUCAACAUCAUUGUGGUAUCCCGCUGCGCCUUUUGGAUCCACGACGGCGGCACACUUCCUGGUUGAUCACCCGGAAAACGUCUCAGGAUUCAAAUCUCUCAAGUUCUCGCAAUGACAGUUCUGGUUCAACGGCUACCCAGAGCACUGGCACCUGGCGAAUAUCGCGAUCCAGUGCGAGCAACUCGGUCGUGCUGCCGGGCGUCAAGAUCGACGGCGUUCCACAUGUGCAUCAACACAAUGGUCCCCGGCAAUCGAUUCCCGGAGGUAAACCGCGACUGGUGCGCCAAUCGGCCGUCCAUGACGAUUCCCAGGAACUGUCCUGUUCGCCGCCAAGACUGGGCGUUCGCUUCCUUCCUACAAUUCCUUCAGCAGCCGACAGUAGCGUCCAGCUGGAUGAUGACACGGCGGAAGCUCACUCGAGUCCCGAAUCCAGCCACAGUCAUAACAGCCAGCACAGCCACAGCGAAGAUCCGGACGACGACGGAAUCAUAGUGAUCACCAGCAACAGUAGUAAUGUGGCCGAAAGUUCCGGAAUCCGACGGGGUUCCGGAACCACGGACAACGCCCAGAUGUCUCCGACCCCGUUCUACGCCAUUCUGCACGGUGGCAACCCUCAGGCAACCGUUUCUAGUCUCAAAGAUAAAACCAAUAAGCCACCGUGAACCAGGCGAGCUGACAAGGUUUAAAUUGAUUUUUUUUAGUUCUAUUUUUUAACAACACACAAUUAGAGGGUGCUCUCUUUAGACUUAGAAAGUGCUUAGUCAGUUGUAUUUAAUUAAUUUUGUCAAUAUCAAUAAUCACUCCACCCAAAAGGACAUUAACUUGUUGGUCGCUCAAAUAUUAGCCGGAAUGAGACGAUAAACAGUCGAAUCAUCCAGUUCUGUAAAAAAAAAACUAUAGCUUGACUCUAUAAAUAACGGCGCUCUAGCGUUUAGAGAAAGGGAAGAAUACCGAAACAGUGUGAUACUAAAAAUACUUUUUACUGUAAAUAACACUAUUUGUAGUAAUUUAUUUCUAGCAGAUCGGUUAAAUAUUUAGGAUAGCAUUAUAAAAGAGGGCAUUUACGAGGGGGGAAGAAAUUCAAAUCCAAAAUUCACUAACGGUUUGAAAAAUAAACAACGUGCCCAACAAUCUAGUCAAAAAGAGUGUGCGAAGUUCAUCACGAAUACCAGUAUGGAGCGAAACUUGUACGCAAGCAGAGCUAAAGUUGUACACAGCCCGGAAUGAAAAAGCUUCGACAAAGCUUUUCGUCGGCCGUCUUCGUCUGAGUAUCGUUCAAGCGGUUGGACAUAUUUUCCAGUUUGCCAUGAGCUUCCAUAAAAAGAAAAUUGAAUGCAAGAUAAUGUACUGAUCUAGAAGAGGCGUAACGCGGGUUGAUUGCUGAGGUGAGAAAACUAUGUAUCUCACUAAAAUUUUCCACAAGAUUCACAUUUAUUCAUUCAUUUUUCAACUAAACUUUUUUAUUCUAAUUUUAUUUAUCAACUGUAAAUAAUUAUGUAUUUUGGAACAAUUAAAGAAGCUCAUUUUAAAUAUGGAAUACAUUUUAUACAUUUCUGGACACACGGAAAACAAGGCGUUGAUUAACAGGGCUUCAAUGUUAUGUUAUGACAACCAGAACGAUCUAAAAAAAAAAGAUUCUCCAAAAACAAAUCCUGACCAUUUUUUCUGCGUUCAAAAAAUUCUAUUCAAUUUUUCUAUUCAAAAUUCAAAAAUCUUUUUCUGAAUUUUGUUAUCAAAUUCAAAAAUUGUUCUCUUACAAAUUCUGCUCUUUACUUUGCAUUCGGAAACAACAUUUGAUAUUUCAUGCUUAUAUUUUUAUGUCAGUUUUUAUUUAAUUGAAAUCCUGGAUUAACAUUUUGCGCGAAUUCUUGGAAAGACUCUGCCUUAUAAUUGAUCUUAGAAGACUAAUCCAUUUAAGUUUUGCCCUUAUCAUCAACAACGAGUCGCUCGUCACUUCUAGACUGUGCAAGCACAUCACCUGAAAUGUGUAUUACAACUACUGCAAAUCAAACUGAAGAAAUAAUACAAAUUGAAACCGUGAAAUUCACCGUCCACAGACAAUAAAACCCCAAAAUAUCCCACAAAAACACACAAAAGAGCGGAAAUUGACGUAACAAACCGAAUUAAAGUUCUCUAACACUUUCUCUCUCUAUCUAUAUAAGUCACAACACUCAAACGAUACCAACUAGAAAUUAGAAACAUAUUUUUAUAUCAAAAGUCUGAACUAAAACUAAUCGAAAGCUGCCAAAAAGAACAAACAAAUCAAAAUUGUAAAAAUGACAUCCUAGUUUAGCGUGAUUUUUGUUAAAAUUUACAUAGGAAACAUGUGUAGUGAAAAAAAAAACCAUUGAAAAAUCUCACUGCCAUUCGGAAUAGGAUCUGGUGAUUUUUUAUUUUUGAAAUUUAUCUUAGGAAUAGCAACAGUGAACACAUUUUUACAAAAGAGAAAUUAAAAAAUCAGGCAAAGAAGGGAUUGAAUUUAGGCUAGGCGAAAUGGAUCGUGAUACCAAAUUGUGGAGCAACCAGAAUUUGCGCAACCGAGAGAAUUAGCGAGUAAACAUUAUACUCAACGUACAUAAACAUACUAAGCUCUUGAAAUCUGUACUUAAGAGAAAAUUAUACGAUACAGUAUUAUUUCACUUAAUUCAAAGUGUGUGAAAGUGUUGAAGCAAGCAGAGAGAAACCAAGCCUGUAAAUAUUGAGAGUGAACGGUGGCCGUUUAAGUAAUGAAAUUUAAAACAAAACAAAACUUCGAAUAAUCCCAAAAACUAUAAGCCCAGUUACGAUGUGAAUCAACCUAUACUCGUUGCAUGUUUGAACAAAAUAAUGAAAUGUGUUAGGAAUGGUACUAAGAAAAAAAAACCUAAGCAAGGGAGAGUUAAUGUUUCGCAGCAGAUGAACGAAUGAAAGAUGUUCCUUUUUGAUGAACUGGUUCGGCCGAAGCGAAGGAGCAGAUAGAUAUUAUUUAUUUAUUCGAGUUAGUAUAAAAAAAACACUCAAACAAAAUAACCAAUUUUACAGGUCCGAUAACUUUAAAAGUUAUUGAAUGCAAAUGUGUAUAA